UCAAUGCCGAGAGAAGGUAAGCGUAGGCUAAAAAUCUCACGAGGACGGAGUUGGACUGGUUUCAUGGCUCCAGGAUGGAGGGGUUCCUGUCCACGUUUCCACCAUACAGUGUAUAUGGUAACGCUGUCUGCGCGCCCCCGGCUCAGGUCGGCAACUGGGGCAAAAGAGAUGGUCGCUUCAUGAACCCCCAGGGCCUCAACUACCUGGAGCUCUACAAGACCCUCCUGUCCCAGGUCAACCCGAGUUUACCCCCUCCGCUCAAGAAGGCGAACACCAAAGAGUGCGGCGUGCAAGUGAACGCCAAGGUGGAUAAAAUUGUCCAGUGCUCUCUGGGCCCCAAAACGCUGUCCUGCGACGAACUCCCCACUCCCUGCAAGCCCCCCAGGAGCCCCGAUGCGUCCACACCGGAGGGGAAGGCGCAGUUCCACACGCCGCCAAUGAGCAACCUGCGCUUCCUGAGGCCCGUGUCCAUCUAUUCGCCGGUGUUUGACCGCAGGCUCUUCCUAAAGAAACUCGAAGAUUGCGCUGGUGAAGGAGAAGGUGAACCCGCCGCCGAGCAGGCCACGUCCGAGGCCGACGGGGAUCAAAGUGGCGAGGAAGCCCCAGAAGCCUCCAAGACAGCUUUCCACCGGUCUCCAAAGGGAGCCAACUUUCAGUUCCUGGAGCAGAGGUAUGGGUUUUUCCACUGCAAAAAGUGCAACAUCCGGUGGGAGAGUGCUUAUGUAUGGUGCAUCUCUGGAACCAGUAAGGUAUACUACAAGCAGCUCUGCCGGAAGUGUCAAGUGGGGUUUAACCCCUACAGAGUGGAAUCUAUCCUGUGCAAGGGUUGCUCUCAGACUUGCUGUAACUGUGAGAAGAAGCAGAGACACAUUAACAUGAAGAAGCCUCACCGUCAGGACCUGUGCUGUCGCUGCAAGGGAAUGAAGCUGUCCUGUGACGCCACCUACAGCUUCAAAUACAUCGUCUGAGUUGCCCGCCGCGAAGGCCUGAGGUUACACCAAUAAGACUGACGUGUAAAGUCGUGCCACAAAGAGAAGCUGCCACCGCCUCCAGUAGCAAACUUGAAGUCACUCCAACCAGCAAAAGAGCUGAAUCGCUGCCUUGGUUUGAGCCAACUUUAAAAAUUCUUUCCCCCUCACUGAUCCUGGUACC